UGCCGUAGGAGAGGGAUUGUCACCGUGCUGCGACGCUUGGGGAUCCCUAGGCCUCAGUGGUCGUUGCUCCUCCGCCCCGGGCCCUAGCCUCAAGGAGACCUCCGGGACCGCUGCCCGGGGAGGUGCCCGCGGGGCAUCCGGAGAGCCCCGGGAGAUCUCGACCGCCCUGCUUUCCCGCCGCUCGCCGGCCCGUCCUCGCGAGGAACAGUGCCCCGCGAAGGGGAGUUUGCAGACGCUCCCUCACACCCGGGACGCGGCCCCUUUAAGGACGCAGGGACGCGAACAUGUCGGGGAUCGCCCUCAGCAGACUCGCCCAGGAGAGGAAAGCUUGGAGAAAAGACCACCCGUUUGGUUUCGUGGCCGUCCCGACAAAGAACCCUGACGGCACAAUGAACCUCAUGAACUGGGAGUGCGCCAUUCCUGGGAAGAAGGGGACUCCAUGGGAAGGCGGCUUGUUUAAACUACGGAUGCUGUUCAAAGAUGAUUACCCAUCCUCACCGCCGAAAUGCAAGUUUGAACCGCCGCUGUUCCACCCAAACGUGUACCCCUCGGGCACGGUGUGCCUGUCCAUCCUGGAGGAGGACAAGGACUGGCGGCCAGCCAUCACCAUCAAGCAGAUCUUAUUAGGAAUACAGGAACUCCUAAAUGAACCAAAUAUCCAAGACCCAGCUCAAGCAGAGGCCUACACGAUCUACUGCCAAAACAGAGUGGAAUAUGAGAAAAGGGUUCGAGCACAAGCCAAGAAGUUUGCUCCCUCAUAAGCAGCGACCUGUGGCAUCGUAAAAGGAAGGGAUUGGUUUGGCAAGAACUUGUUUACAACAUUUUUGCAAAUCUAACGUUGCUCUACAGUUACUGGUCACCUGGGGAGGGUGGGCGGGCGCCAUUUUCCAUUUCCGCCACUGGUACAGUCUCGACUCGCUGAAUCGCCCAGUUUUUCAUACAGGGUCUCUUCCUUCAGUCUUUUGUAUUUUUGAUUGUUAUGUAAAACUUGCUUUUAUUUUAAUAUUGAUGUCAGUAUUUCAACUGCUGUAAAAUUAUAAACUUUUAUACUUGGAUGAGUCCUGAGGAGCGUGUUCCCUUCGCUCACGGACGCAGGCAUGCUCCACGCCGCCCAGAGCUGCACUUAGCCUCCCGCUGGCCGCACGUCGCCGGAAAGCAGAGCCGCCCACCCCCAGAGCCCCAGAGCCCCAGCCAGCCAGCGUCGCGUUUCCGCAUCACUUCCUUUGUGUUUAUAUGGCGUUUGUCUGUGUUGCUGUUUAGAGUAAAUAAACUGUUUAUAUAAAGGUU